AUUCUUUUUUUAAAAAAAUAGAAACUUUAUUUCAAGAUUAUGGCCCCCUAUAGUCUACCCCUAACAAAAGUUGAAAAAACAACACAUUACAAUAAGACUUAUAUUGCCUUAAAAAAACAUGUUACAUACCACAAACUUCAAAUAAUACUUCCCUCUUUUCUCCAAUUAUCUCCAUUUUUGCCAAAAAUAUUAACCUUUUGAUGAUCAAUCCUGGAAAGAACUCAACAAUCUACACUCAAUUAAGCAAUUCCUUCUUCAAAUGGGCUCAUUUCUUUACCUUACUCUAACAUUACUUUCAUUGUCAUUCACCGCGACUCUUACAUCUCAAGCACAAGGUAUAAAAUCAUCGCGACUACUUGAUCUAGUCCUACGAGACAAUACAUUCCGAUAUUACAACACAAAGAAGUUUAGAACCGCAAAGUUAUACCCCAUACGGUUACCAUCCAAUCUAUCAGGCAUCAAAGUCGAUUCAGUAAAGUAUCGUUGCGGUAGUCUAACAAGAUAUGGUGCAAAAAUUAAAGAAUUCAAAUUGCCAAUUGGGGUAAGUAUUCAACAUUGCGCUGAAAGAGUACUUAUUAUUCGACAAAAUCUUGGAUCUAAUUGGUCUUCGAUUUACUAUGAUAACUAUGAAUUAUCAGGUUAUCAACUCAUUUCCCCUGUUUUAGCACUAUCAAUGUACAAUGCUGGUGACGACAUGGUAACAUCGUCUAAUAUUCCAUUUGAACUGAAUUUUCUAUCUGACAAAACUCCGAUCACUAUUGAUUUUAGUAACACUACAAGUGUAGUAAAUUCGAGUAUGAUCAUACCAUUAUGCGCUAGCUUUGAGCGCGAUGGGAAGGUGAUAGUAACAAAACAAGUGUCAAAAAAUGUAUGCUCUGCUUCAAAACAGGGGCAUUUUGGUUUGGUUAUUGAGUCGCCUUUGAUACCUUUGAAAAAUAAACGCGAAAGUAAGUGGAAAUUAGCUAUUGGGAGCUCGAUUGGAGCUGCAUUGGGCGCGUUUCUAUUAGGUUUAUUGUUGAUCGCGAUAUUUGUGAAGGUGAAGAAGAAAGCAAGGAUGGAGGAAUUGGUAAGAAGAGCCUAUGAAGAAGAAGCUUUGCAAGUUUCAAUGGUGGGACAUGUUAGAGCACCAAUUGCAGCAGGUACUAGGACUGUUCCAACUAUUGAACAUGAGUAUAGUCAUCACAAUAUUUCUUGAAAAGAAAAAAUUACAAUAUUUUUUUUUUGUGGAAUAUUUAUUCUUUUUGUAAGAUGAAAAUGUUUUUGAAGUUUUUUAUGUAUUGAUAGAAUUUAAAAUGUUUUAGGUUAGGGAAAUAGAUUAAAAUGCUGACAAUUAAUUUGUUGUUAUUUAUCUGUUCUGUUAAAAUGAACUUCUUUCGAGUUCUUUUGUUCUU